CUUUCGUUCUACCACGAAACUAUCAAACUCCUCAAAUCCACGCCCACAAUCCUCGUCAAGAUGGCAUUCGCCUGGAAAGCAGCAGGCAUUUCUUACAACCGCUACCUCGCAAUCGCCGCCCGAGUUGUCCGACGAUCGUUGCAGGAAGGCCCAAGAUUACAAGCUGAGAGACGGGGUGAAAUGGACCUGAGGUUCGCAAAAUGGCAGAAUGGCAAGCAGGGGGAGAACAGAAGUUUGGGAGAAGCCAAUGCCGAAGCUGCGACGGAACUAGCAUCACAAGAAGCCAAAUAAAGGAUGAGUUGAGCCUGGAGACAGCGGGCCAGCGGUACCCUAGGUUGGGAUACUGUUCAUUGUAAAUAUCAUAUCACUCCGUCUGGCAAGACUGCUCGUGGAAUGGAAAAGCGUAGCCAUAAAGUUGGACCCUCAACCCUUCAGUGGAGCGAGAUUGGGGGGAAGCACAUGACAUGACACUCCAAAAUUUUAUGCCCAAGGCAAUUAAAUUAUCAUGUCGGCCAUUAAUCAGUUCGUCUGUCUCUAAACAAUCUUAUAUCUACCAUGACUUCUUCGUGGCCA